GGGAGUGGGAGAGCUCUACGCUGCAUAAACCGGACCUUCAGUGGCCGGAGAACCAUCAACCUAUAGGCCCUAGGUGUGAGAUAUACGUGAUACCCAACCUAGAAACCAACUCCUAACAAAGUGCUUUUUUGAAACUUUAAUUUUAAACCUCUAGUGAGCUAACCGACAGGCUGGCGUAUACAGACGACCCUUCCGCACCACCAUAUGGUGUCGGAUUAAGAGAAGAAAUGGAGAGACCACAACCUUCUCAACACUACUCUCUUCGCUGGAACAAUCAUCAGUCCCAUCUACUCUCAGCAUUCGAUGCUUUGCUUCAGAAUGAGUCAUUGGUGGAUUGUACCAUCAUGUGCGAAGAUGCCGCUGUACGGGCUCACAAGGUAGUUCUGUCUGCCUGCAGUCCUUAUUUCCAGAAAAUUUUCAUCGACAAUCCUGGUAAACAUCCUAUCAUCGUGUUGAAGGAUGUUCUGUGCUGGGAGAUGCACUGCAUCCUGGAUUUCAUGUACAAAGGAGAAACCUCUGUUCCUGAGUCCCAGCUCACCAGCCUCAUCAAGGCAGCGGAGUCUCUAAAGGUUCGUGGUCUAACCUCCAGUGAUCAACUCCCUCCUGGGGUUAGUCUCAGUUCUACUCCAACUAACUUGUCCAACGGAUACAGAGGAUAUUCCCCCUCCCCCUCCCCUCACCAUAGGUACUCAGAGCCUCAUAUAUCUAAGCACGCCCAUAUGUCUGGUGGUCCACAUAGUAAUGAGUCCAGCCCUAUGUCCCUGUCUCACAACGACCACAUGUCUGAUAGAGCCAGCGGGCGUGCCAGCCCUGUCCCAGGAAGCGGAUCCAAUUGUCCAAGACGGAAACAAGCCCGUCCUCGUAGACGCUCAGGUGACAGCGUUAAUUCUUCUCUGGACUUAAGUAAGGCAGGCUCCCCUCCACUCUCCUACACCAAGCGUGAGUCCCCAAACAGUGUUGGGGAUGAUGCUGGUCCUGAAAACCUAUCAAUGAGACGAAGCCACAGUCCCUCCCACGCCCCCGCUAUCAAUCUGGUGAAAAUGGAACAACUGGUGGAUGCGGAACGAAGAAUGGAACAUGACAAUAUAUCAGAUAUCAGUAUGGAUCGGGAACGAGAAGAUUUGAAACCGUUCGACGGAAUGGAUCGCCCAGCGCUGUCUAAUGGAAUUCAUCAUCUGCAAGAACAGGAGGCUUUACAGGCUCUGAACUUUAUGGCCAGUGGCGGUGGACUUCCCCACCCACUUCUCCCUCCUCCUGGACACUCCCCCAUGCAUCUUGGUCCUCACCACUUUCCUCCGAUGUCUCUACACAAAGGUGGACAUGGACCAACCGGUUCUACCCCCAGCUAUACCGGUCCAACCAAGGCUGGUCUUGAGUAUCAACGAAUUUCUAUUGACCGCAGCAAACUAUCCGAAGACGAAGCUUUUGAGCACGCAAUCGACAUGAUCAGCAGCCGACAGAUGGGGUUCAGAAAGGCCGCGGAUUUCUUCCAAGUUUCGAAAUGGAAGUUGUAUAAAACUGCACGUAAGCGUGGGAUCUACGCUGAAAUUAAGAAACAGAACCAAGCACACGCGCUGUCUAAGGUUCCAACCAACGUCCAGCACUUCGCAGAGCUCGGGGUGUACAAGCAGAUGAGGAAGAAGGAGGAGAAGGAUAUGAAGGAGAUGUUUCCACAUCUCCCAAGGAACCUUGCAACUUUCAAACUGGAGGAAGAUCAAAAAAUCUACAAAAGUUUCCCUGUUAUGCACUCUAAUAUCAACAACAACAACAACAACAACAACAAUAACAACAACAAUUACAACAACAACAUGCCAGUAAAGCUCAGCUAUGAAAACAGAGAGAACAUGAAUUUUGAGAAAAGAUAUCAAGAACCAUUGAAACCUUUUAUCCCAAUCCAGAAUCAUUUAGAGAUACAGACCUAUGACAAGGGUCCCCUCCCCCUUCCUUUUCCUUCUCCAUACUCGGGAAUUAACAAGUACUCAAAUAUCCAUGAUGAGCCGAUCAAGCUCGUGAAGCAAGAUCGACGCCUUGACAUCGAUGAGGAUGAUGACGAAGAUCGUCUACUGGUGAUUGCUCGAUCUAAUGAGGAGGAUUCUGAUCAUGGCUCUUCAGAUAGAGCAGACGAUUCGGUUUAAAUGAUUACUGCAGAAUUAUUUUGGAAGUUUUUCAUAAUAUUGAGUGUUUAAACCUCAUAUAUUUAUAGAUAUGUCCCAGGGUACCUGUCCAAUACUCAGAUCAAGGUUUUGAUCCAUGCUCCGGAUAUUUAUCAGAUCAGAGCUGAAAACUUUAGAAUGUUUUCAGCUCAGUAAUCUGAUCAUAUUUAAUCCUUUGUUUUGUAAAUUAUCUUGUCCGCACUAUUUACAUUAGUACACGCGGAUUAAGAAUGUUAUUUGAAUCUCAAUUAAUUAAGAAAUGUUCAGCGCAACUUAAAAUAAUGUAACAUGGGUGGAUACUAAAUGUAUUGCCCUAAUGCCUAUGUAUAUUUGUAUAUAAGCCCUGAAUAUUCUCUGAAUUAAGCUAAUAUCUUACCGUCACCGACAGUUUGAUACCAACAAAUCUUCCGUUGAAAGUCGUCUUCCGUAAAUUAAAAUUGUUAAUGCUAUUUGUUGCUAAAAUCCUAAUCAGUGUCUUCCAUCAUAAAUUCUAAAUUAAAAAUGACCUGUUGUUAAAGAUCACAAAAAUUACACCAUAAUAAUUCAAUUUUAUUAAAAAAAUUUUAAUAUAAACAUGAAAUCAAAUUAAAUCUACUCUUACCUAUACUACUUUGGAUUUUAGCCAUUUAUUGCCAUAGUAUGUGUAGUCAAUAACUUUGGGGUCCCAGGUUCGAAAACUUUCUUAAUUAUCCAACUAAGAUGAUACUUUCUCACAAAUGGACCCGGUUCCUUGGGUUAAGAGAAUGUUCUUGGUUCUUGGGACCUCAUCCUUACUUAUACCUAGUCAUUGCUAGCUAGUUACAUCCCUUCCUAGUUCAAUGUUUUCUUCUAGUUUAUUUUUAAUGGUUUGCUGCGACUUGCGAGUGUGCAUGGAUUUUUUGGGUGCAUUUUAAGAUUUACCUAACGCGGAAUUAAUAGUUUUUUCCUGAAAAAAAAAUUAUAAAAAAGUAUCUGUGAUCUAAAUUAAACAGGAUGAAACCAUUUUUCGCGUACCUAUGUAGAUGUUUUGCUCAUUGGUUGUUUAAAUUUUUAUUUUGUCAUAAUUUUUAACCUAAAUAGACAAUUAAAUUCA